AAGAAGAGAUUAAUAAAUAUGCUAGAGUUCUUGGAUCAUAUUUUCAUCCAGAUAGAACCAAAAACUUAUCAUCCCCAUUUGGGCUUCAAGGAAUAUAUAAAAGUCAACUUGAGGAUGACGUAAAUGACUACGAAAAAUGCAAAAAUGAUCUUUGGAAAAUUGCGAUAGAUUAUCAUAAUGCAUCAAAAGGACAAUGGAGUAAACUAAAAGUAUUAAAAGAAGAUGAUAUCAAGAAGCUUUCGAAUCAAGAAUUAAAGGAUAAAAGCAUAUAUACGGGAGAAUUAACCUAUCAUCAAUAUCGAGCAGCAUGCAAAAUUACAGAUAAAAAUAAGUUAUUAAAAAAGCAAGUAAAAUUACGUGGAUAUAUGGCAUUAUGUCAAUAUUUUUUAAAAAACUUUCUAUCAGUUCAGUUAUAUGCUUUAGCAGCAAUUCAUUUGCAAGCUCAGAAUAAGGAUAAUUUUACAUUACAGAAAUUGAAUGAAGCAAAAAAAAUAUUUGAUAAAGUUAAUGGAAAAAGAGAAGAAAGAGAAAAGAGAGAAAAGGAGAAAGAGAGUAGUGUAUCACUUGAUUCACCCGAUUUGAAUACUGAUAUCAAAUUAGAUAGUAAAUUCAAUAAUGCAAUGAUUUUAAUAGGAACAAAAGAUCAAAUGAUCUCCUUUAAUAAUAGAAGGAUUAUUCAGAAUUCAAUCAAUAAAGAUUUAGAAAAUAUGGCUUCUAAAUUAUUGAUUGAGGCAGAUCGUAAUUUGGUUUGUUAUGAAUCAUCAUACAAGGAAAUUUUGCGUACAAGAAAGCAUGCAAACAUGAAUAUAUUUAAAGGAAGUGUAACUAUAACAGGUGGAAUAGUAGGAGGAGGAGCAGCAAUCUUAGGUGCCGGUGUAAACAUUUAUGAAGCGGUGGCUGUGUCAGGAUUUACGUCCCUAGGUGGUCCGCUUUUAUUUGCUGCUAGAAAGGUUGGUAUUGUUCUUGGAAUAUAUUGCGGUUAUACAUUAAUCGCUUAUGAUAAAAAAGAAUAUCAGGAGUUCAUCAAUGCACUUUCUGAAGAAUAUGAUGAAAAUAAUCACAUAAGCCUUAUAGUAUGCCACAAUAAAAUUAACAAACUUAAAGGAAUAGAUGAUAUAGUAGAUAAGCUUAUGAAGCAUGAUUUUAGAUCAGAUGGUAUAGCAUAUCUACUUGUAUUGCUCAGGGAGGUCUUAUGUAGUAGAGAAACAAAAAUAAAUGGCAUACAUGCUGAUUUUAAAACCCAAGCAAAGAGAUGUUUUGAAGAGGCGCUGAAUGAUGAUCUUGUUAAAACGGCAAAAAAAUAA